UGUGUUGAGUUGUAGUCAAUGAUAGUGAAGACAAACCAAACAUCACAUGAAGUGACGACAUGUGAAUCGACUGAACCGUUGAUCCAUUGAAGUGACAAUCAAUUUGAAGGACACAAAGACAUGAAGAUUGCUGUAAUUGGUUGCUCUCACGGAGAGUUGGAUAUCAUUUAUGAGGACAUCCGGGGUAUAGAAGAGCGCCAAAAAACAUGCAUCGAUUUAGUGAUCAUUUGCGGCGACUUUCAGGCCGUCCGUAACGAGUAUGACCUCCAAUGUAUGGCAGUUCCCUUCAAAUACAGACAAUUGCAGACUUUUCACAAGUAUUAUAGCGGACAGUCGGUGGCGCCUAAACUGACUCUUUUUAUCGGCGGUAAUCACGAGGCCUCUAAUUAUCUGCAGACACUCGCGUACGGCGGUUGGGUGGCCGACAACAUCUACUUUAUGGGCUACGCGUCUGUUGUCCGCUUCAAAGGCCUCAGGAUUGGCGGCAUUUCGGGUAUUCAUAACAAUAAACACACAAAUAGUGGUCACUAUGAGAGACUUCCGUACGAUGAGGACACUAAAAGAAGUGCUUAUCAUAUGAGACAAUCUGAUGUCUAUAAACUCAUGCAAUUGAAUGGUGGAAGUAAUGACAAUGAGAGCGAAAUUAAACAAUCAUUGGAUGUGAUGAUAUCACACGACUGGCCAUUAAACAUUCACAGUUGCGGUGAUGUCGAUGGUUUACUAAGAAGGAAAAGACAUUUUCUUCAUGAUAUCCGAAACAAUUGUUUGGGAAAUCCAUUACUGGAACCACUAAUGCGACAGUUGAAACCAAAACAGUGGUUUUCAGCUCAUCUUCACGUGAGGUUUGAGGCAUUUAUUAACUUCACUCCCGAUAUGUCAGUUCAGACCAGAUUUUUAGCGCUGGACAAAGUGCUGCCUAAAAGACAGUAUAUGGAAAUCAUUGACAUCGAGCCGACAGAACAGUCAGAUAGUAAUGACUUUGAAUACGACGCCGAAUGGCUGGCAAUACUUCAGUCGACCAAUAAGUUGAUGAGUAUUGAUAAGAGGUGUUCAGUGCCAUCACUUGUGAUGAGUCGCCAUUCAGUUAGUGAAAGUGAUAUUAAUAAAGUGAAACAACUCUUUGAUAAUGAUUUGAAAAUACCGAAAAACUUUAAAAUACAAGAACCGGCUCUUAACGGUUCCGACAACGAUAGUGACCCACAAAGGAUUCGCAAUUAUGUCAAUUCACAAACUGUUGAAUUUUGUAAAAAACUUGGUAUAACUGAUCCAAUGUCUGCUAUUAUUGAGUCAAUGAAACCUCUGCCAAAUCCGGAUCAGAUUUCUAUCAGUGAUGAUGAAGAAGAUGAUGAAGAAGAAGAUAAAACUGAUGAAAAUCCACAAAAGCGUCACAAAGCAGAUGAAACCAUUGACGGCGGAGAUCUGUUUUUUGUCGAUAGAAAAGGAGGCGACAAUCCUAAAGGUGCACAGAUUGACCUCAAAGUUAAUAAAUUAAUAGAAAAUAAAAAUCAUAAUUCAAAUGAUAUUAUGACGGCUAACACAAGUGCUGACGGAUUACUCACUAAAAGACAACAAAAGAGAAGAGCAGAUAAAGUGAAGAAACAGACCAAACAAGUGGAGACAUUGAAUAAAAUUAAGACAAACAACGAAACUAAGAAUCAAAUAAAAGACAACAAUAUUACGAAAAAUAAGAAAUUGAAAGAUUUAAAUGAAGAUAAAAUUGUAAAGAAAGAAAUUAAAGCUAUUAUUGAAAGUAAUGAUAAAAGACGACAACUUAUUAUUGAAAGACUUGAUUGGGUUAAAGCAAACCUCCCGAUGAAAGAUCCCGAAGUAGAGAUCGAAGUCAUCACUUUAGAUGAUCUCAACAUUCAAUGA